GGCAGUUUCCGUAUCCGCGUCGACGCGCCUUCGACUUGUUGCUCGCAGACAGUCAACACCGUCCCAGAGCGAGAGCCUUGUGCUCAACAGCCACCAUGGCCUCCAGCUCGACCAAGAAGAAGCGUGAGCCUCGCGUUGCUCUUGACAACCUUGCGGAGGGGCCCUCGCGUUCGUCGUCUGGCACGCUCGAUGUGGUGUCCAAAGCUAUUCUAGCUCCAUUCACUCAUCGAAAACACGAUUCAAACAAGAUAUUCUCAGAUCUGGCGCCUGCUAUAAUGACUCCACGUAUGAUGAAUGCGGCGGCAACUGUGUCAAGCAAGUCGAGACCUUCUCUGGGGCCUUCAGGCACUUCUCGAGUGGAUUUUGCUACCUUAGGUCGCGCACCUUCACGAUUCACCUUGGGGUCAAGAAGGAUUACCUCGCGUGAUCUACAGAUUGUCGAGGCAACUGAGGAGCUGCUGCACGAGGAAGUACCGGAGCCUGAAGGUGUCGCGCAGAACGUUAGCCUACUCCGCGGUUUCAACGCGACUAUUCCUAGUUCUGAAAAGAGCCGAACGCGAAGACGGCAGACACGCAGUGUCGAGACUCCGCGGUUAAGUUUAAAGAAGUUGAGUUUGGGUGCGCGGGGUAUGCUCGGCGAGGAUGAUGAGCACGAAGGCGAGAGUGUGGCCUCUGAGGAGGAUAUGGUUGUCGUCGGACGAUCGGAGACACGCGGGAGAAAGCUCAAAGCGAAGCGAAGAGGUCGACAGAGCUUGAGUGCAGGUAAAGUUCUUGGGAAAGACGAGCUAGUCAGGCAAACGCAUGAAAUCGAACGCGACAAAGAGAAUCUUCAUGUGCGGAGGACUCUCAUUAGCGCGGAGAUUGCUGAAAUAACUCACAAGAUAGAAGCUUUGGACGCGAUCCGUAAUAAGCUCGAGCAGGAUCUUUUGAAGCUUCAGGAAGAUGAAUUGGAGCUGGAUGACGAGCUGGAAGGUGUUAAGGAACGCCUGGAACUGGAAGAAUCAACUAGCCGCCCUCCAAAGUCACCCACACAACAAGCCCAUCUUCCCCAAAGUUCACGUCGCCGUAAAGGUCCCGCAUUCCUGCCCUCUGAGCAUGACGAACUACCUCCCGGCGUAGCGUUUAUGUCACUAUCGGGGCAUACAGCUCCCAUCACUGCUCUCGAUUUCUCCGAACCGUACGGGACGCUUGUCAGUGCGUCCCAGGAGGACUCACAACCACGCGUGUGGGAUCUUUUGACUGGAGAGGAGAUUGGGCGGUUACGAGGCCAUCGGGGAUCGGUGAAAUGCAUACAGGUAGAGGAUCAGGUCUGCCUGACAGGUGGUGAAGAUACGACAGUUCGGUUGUGGGAUCUGAGGAAGGUGGAUGAGGAUGAGGAGUGGGAGACUAGUGAGAUCUUGAGCUUAAGCGACGUUGCAGAGGAGGACGAGAGCGUCGCUGAGGAUGGACCUAAGGUCCAGAGGGACCGGGAGCCAGAUGGGAAGGCCAUUCGACAAUCCGGCACUAGCGAACCUGAGCGGUCUGGCGCAUGUACUCGAGUACUCGAAGGGCACAGUAAAGCCGUCUCGGCCCUCUACUUUGAGGAAGAUUGUUUGGUCACUGGAGCAGCAGACAAGACGAUGCGCCAGUGGGACCUACAAACAGGUCAAUGUGUCAUGACCAUGGAUAUCCUUUGGGCAAUCUCACAUCCGCCGACUGUUGGCCCUGGUGGUCCUAUUCCUAAUUACUUAUUUAGCGGAGCAGCUGCCUCGGCUGGCACUUUCGCCGUCCCUACGCCGCCAUUUGCGGAUGGCACUUGGGAUAUGUACCGGGAUUUCGUUGGUGCGGUGCAGUUCUGGGGGUAUGCAUUGAUGAGUGGAAGCGGGGACGGUGCUGUUCGAAUGUGGGAUAUGCGCACUGGUCAGCCUCAUCGGACAUUACUUGGACAUACCGGUCCAGUGACUUGCUUGCAAUUUGACGAGUUGCAUGCUAUCAGUGGUAGUCUGGACAAGUCAAUCCGGAUCUGGGACCUACGUACUGGAGGUAUUUUCGAGACUCUUAAAUAUGACCACGCAGUCACAGCGCUGCAAUUCGAUACCAGGAAGAUUGUCGCAGCUACAGGCGAGAACGGUAUUAAAAUAUAUAACCGCACCAGCAUGCAGCAUUCUACGCUGCUAACCAAUGGCCAUACCAGACCGGUAGAGAAACUUCGAUACAUGGACAGGUAUCUCGUCUCUGGAGGACGAGAUUCAGUCGUAAAAAUUUGGGCUCUGUAGAAUCAAAAUGCGAACAGUGUUCUUUACUGAUAUGCAUUGGCUUUCGCUUUGCUUGGGUAUCAUAGACACAUUUGCACUCAUCUGUAACAUACAUCCAUAUAGCAGGACAUCUGUAACAAGCAAUCAAUAAUUCCCGUCUUUCAUGGCGAAGGUAGAACCACCAGCGAUUGAACUACAGAGUUUGCCAUCUUUAGACAUGCACCUCUCGAUCAAUCUUGCAAUUCCCAAGCGAAGUGGUCGCCUUGGCG